AACUGGCAGCACUGGUAAAAUGCCGCGAAAACACGUUAGUUUCCUAUCUAGCGAGAAGAUUUUUGAGUUGGUUAUCAACAGUUCGCGAAUACGGAUGCGAUUGCGGAUUUACAUUUUUUUUUUUUUAAUUCCAAAUACGAGUAAUUCGUAUAAUUUGUCCAAUCUUUCGAACGCGUUAUCGACGGAAAUCGGCGAGGAGGUGCGGUGCGGUGCGGUGCGGUACGAUACGAAACGGUAACCGGUAACAGUGGUGGUACGAGUACUCGUACGAGUAUUAACGUCAUGCAUGGAAAUGAUUCAUCAUCCAGCGACGCCGGCAAACCGGACGAUUAUUCUUCAUUCGCGCCGCCUGCCAAAAUGACCAAUUACACCAGUAUGAAUACGGAAAAAAGACACUGGGCUAGGUAUAAAGCGUCGCUCUAUCCCUUUUCCACCGUUCUCAGAUUUCGAGUCAUACAGAUCGUUUGUGGCAUUAUAAUGAUGGUAAUGGGAAGUGUAGCCUGCAUCGAAGAGAAAGGAACGGUUACAAACCUAGGAUUGGGAGUUUUCGCCGGCAUUGCAACUGUGAUCGCUUCAGCGGCCUGUAUUCAUACGAGUCGGGGUUUUGGUGGCUACAGACAACCAUCUUGCAGCGGCGGUGGUGGCACAAAUCCACUUUUUAGAUUUCUCGGACCGACGCUGCAUGCAGCCUCGUUUCUCACUUGUCUAUGGAUGGUAGCUGGAUGCUUCAAUUUGACUUUAUUGACUAGAUCUUUGUACACUAUCAUACACGGUGCCGAUCAGGCGAGCGAAACAUCGUACUUGUUAGCUAUCGUGCAAGGCAGCUUAUCGAUGUGCGUUCUAGUGACGGCCGUAUUCAUCGCCCGGGUCGAUUGCACUUACGAUCCGGAUUGACCAGAGAUAGCAGUCGUCUCGACCAGCUGCGCCAACGAAAUAACCGGCUCCGGUACCGGCAUCAGCAUGGUGCUCGUCCAUUCCAACUUGACUGGCUCUGGCUCUGGCUCUGGCUCAGUCCAAGGCGCUGGCGCUGGCGGAAACAAUGGCAAGCCCGCAACUGCAGUCAUCCUCAACGGAGAAUAACACUACAACCUAACACCGCCGAAUACAUACCAUACUCGUGCCUGGAAUCCGAGUAGUAGGCGCUCGUUGAGUAAAAAAUAUGUAGUAAAUGUGGUACUUACUCGUAUGUGUGUCGAUUCAGAAGCAAUCGUGUUCGUCUUCGUUUGGUCGUGAAUAAAACUUUUAUAGAAAACUUCA